UAAUUGGCAGUGACUCGCGCUUCCGCAGUCGGUGGAUUAGUUCAGAUAGCAUCGAGAUGACUAGCCAGUGCAGCUAUCCCGUCGAGUCAGAGGAAUUUGAGGGACAAGAGGCAACUGUGGCGAAGAGAGGUGGAGUCGUUUCAGCCAUCUUCUGUCGGAUUUCACAGUUUUGGCCGGUCAGAUUUACUAUGCGAGCUCUCCGUGGCUUGUGGUGGCUGUUUGGGUUCUCCACCCCAGUGAAGUCUGUCUCUCCCGCUCGGGAGGAAAAAAGUGGUUCCCCAAAAGAAAGGCAGUGCAGAACAGUCCGGAAGCGUCUUCACAGGGUCACGCGGCUGUUGUUGGCUGUCCUGCCCCGGCGCUUCCAGAGCGCUCUGGGUUAUCCGGUCUGCACCAGCAUUGGCUGUUCGGUGUCCCCUGAGGUGCGUUGUUCCCCUACAAAGCCUUGUGGCAAAGGCAGCAAGAGAAAACAGGAUGACCUGGAUGAGGAAGAGGAGGUAGAGCAGCACUCCUGGGUGGAGGCGCUCAAUCAGGAGCUGGCCGAGGAAGACCACGCAGCUGAUCCGGACUACGAGCCCAGCGCGGUUGAGUCGGACAGCGAGGAAUACCGGUCACACAAUAACACUGAGAGUGACUUGGAAAUAGAGAAAGGUGUCGUGGUAAUCAAAGAUUUGGAGAUGGUAGUUCCUCCUGAGAACUAAAGAUGGCAGUGUGUACCAAUGCUAGUAUGCAAAUCAAGAAUAUUGCCACGGUAGUAGAAUGUUUUUUUUCUUUUUUUUUUUUUUCUUGGCAGGCUCAGUUGAUGGCUUCCCAAAUUGCUGCUUGCCUUCAUUUAAUUUUGUAUCUGUUGUGUGUGUUUUCAGUGUUAAACUGCCAAAUAAAAGGAUUUGUAGUACAUCUA